AUGGAUAAGUGCUCUACGAGUCCAUUUCCAAUUCAAAAAGGUGACAAGUUAAGCCUUAAGCAAUGCCCACAUAUUGAAUUGGAACGUAAGAAAAUGGAGCAUAUUCCUUAUGCAUUUGUUGUUGAAAGUUUAAUGUAUGCUCAAACAUGUACUAGACUAGAUAUUAGUUUUGCGGUCGGCUUGCUGGGCAGAUAUCAAAGUAAUCCUGAAAUAGAUCAUUGGCAAGCUGCAAAGAAAGUGUUGAGAUAUUUACAAGGGAUGAAGGAUCAUAUGCUUACUUAUAGGAGAUCUGAUUAUCUUGAGGUGACUAGAUAUUCAAAUUCAGAUUUCGCUGGUUGUGUAGACACUAGGAAAUCCACAUUUAGGUACGUAUUUAUGUUAGUUGGAGGAGCAGUUUCAUGGAAAAGUGCAAAGCAGUCUGUCAUUACUGCUUCCACAAUGGAGGCUGAGUUUGUGGCAUACUAUGAGGCCACAGUUCAGGGAUUAUGGUUGCAGAAUUUUAUUUUAGGGCUUGGGAUUGUCGACAUAUUGCCAGGCCGUUGA